UUUUCCGACUCAGUCAUUUCCGAACAGCAUCAAUAGUAGUAUGGCGUUGACAUACACUCUCUUCCAAGUGGCGAUCGCCUUGCUGGCGAUCUUCACUUACUACCUCCACCGUAAAUUAACGUUCUUUAAGCGUCGGGGGAUUCCCUUCGAGAAACCUCAUCCGAUGAGAGGAAACAUGGAGGAAUUCCAGAAAACUAAGAACUUCCACCAGAUUCUCCAAGAUCAUUACAACAAAUUUCGUGAGAGCAAGGCUCCUUUUGUGGGUUUUUUCCUUUUCCACAAUCCUGCCGCCUUUGUGAUAGAUCUGGAUCUGGCCAAGAAUGUUCUGAUUAAGGAUUUCUCGAACUUCUCUGACAAGGGAUUCUAUUACAAUGAGAAAAAAGAUCCCAUUUCCGCACAUCUCUUCAAUCUGGAUGGACCCCAGUGGCGAUUGCUGAGGAACAAAUUAUCCUCGACUUUCACAUCGGGUAAAAUGAAGUUUAUGUAUCCAACAGUGGUGUCCGUUGCCGAUGAAUUUAUGGCCGUGAUGCACGAAAAGGUGGCCCAAAACUCAGUGCUGGAAGUCCGUGAUUUGGUGGCCAGGUUCACGGUGGACGUCAUCGGAACCUGUGCCUUUGGCAUCAAGUGCAACAGUCUGCGCGACGAAAAGGCCGAGUUCCUACACUUUGGCCGGAGAUCUUUGGUGGACAAGCGACAUGGUACCCUGCUGAACGGUUUCAUGCGCAGCUAUCCCAAUUUGGCCAGAAAACUGGGCCUGGUUCGAAAUGCCCAGCAUAUUCAGGACUUCUAUCGCAGGAUAGUCACUGAUACGGUGGCCGUGCGAGAAAAGGAGAACAUCAAACGGAACGACUUCAUGGACAUGCUCAUCGAAAUGAAGAAUCAAAAGGAAAUUAAACUCGAUAAUGGCGAAGUGGUCAAGGGACUGACCAUUGAGGAGGUCAUUGCCCAAGCCUUUGUCUUUUUCAUAGCUGGCUUCGAGACAUCCUCCUCCACCAUGGGAUUUGCUCUCUACGAACUGGCCAGGAAUCCGCAUAUCCAAGAUAAGGUUAGGACUGAAGUGGAAGAGGUUCUGGAGAAGCAUAACCAAAAGUUUACCUAUGAGUGUACUAGGGAUUUCAAGUACCUCAACCAGGUUAUUAAUGAAACUUCACGUCUUUAUACCAUUGUACCCAAUCUGGAUCGAAAGGCCCAUAAGCGUUACGUGGUUCCCGGACAUCCGGAGUUCGUCAUUGAGGCUGGCCAGUCGGUCAUCGUACCCUCAUCUGCCAUUCAUCUCGAUCCCAGUAUCUAUCCCGAACCCUUCGAGUUCCGGCCCGAGCGAUUCUCUCCUGAGGAAUCGGCCAAUCGUCCUUCAGUUGCCUGGCUGCCUUUUGGAGAUGGUCCUCGCAACUGCAUUGGCAUGAGAUUUGGAAUGAUGCAGGCUCGUAUUGGACUUGCUCUACUCAUCAAGAACUUCAGGUUCUCCACCUGCUCGAAAACUCCAGAUCCUCUAGUCUACGAUCCCAACUCGUUUGUGCUAGGUAUUAAGGAUGGAAUAUAUCUCAAAUUGGAGGUAGUCUAAAUAGGUGCCUGAGAGCCAUUAAAUCAGUGCCAAAGCUUAUGGAAGAUAAUAGAUAGAUAGUUUUUAACUUGUAGACCUACCUCCCAUUGAAUCAUGUUGAGGCAGGUUUAAGCCAAUCUGGUUGCUCCCUUUGUUAAUAGCCAUUCUUAAGGUAUAAGUGGAUUGUUUAACUCAAUAAACAUUUGAUCAAUUACAAAUUUUUCUACGUUCAA